AUGGGAAAAGGAGGAGGUUACGAAGUCACGAUCACAGGCAUCAACAGGAUGGAGAAGGCUAGGUCAGCAAGGCCUACGGACCUGCGGGCAACCCUAUCGUCUACCCCUCACGUCAAGGAUCUGAGAUCCAUGCUGUCCAAUCGCUCCAAUCAGCCACCGGCGCAGCCAGCUGCUGACCAGAGCCAGCAAACGAAGCAGCUGUUCUCUCGGAAGAGGAGGAAUGAGGAGCUGCAGGCGAACGAGGCUCCUCCUCCCACGCCUCAGGCCAACCCAGUGGAAGAACCCAAGGCAGAUAGUCCGCUGACGCAGGCGAGGAUGAAGAUCAGAGAUCUUAGACAGCAGUUGGAUGACUUGAAGCAACAGAGGGUUGCUGUGGAAGCCAAGUUAGCAGGACUCAAGAAGAGCGAAAUGCAUGCCGAGACGAAAGCCACCUUGCUAAAGGAGAUCUCUCAGAUGAAAGAAGAAAUCAAGAAAGCGAGAAAGGUUUACAUCAGGGAAGUCUCAAUCACAAAUGAUUGGAUCACCCAGGAAUCGACAGAUGUAGCUAACCAGAAGUCGGACUUAGAGACGAUGACUCAACAACUUCAAAGAGAAGUUGACAAACGCUCUGAUGAAAGGGAGUCACUGAUUGCGGAUCUGCGCUCUGCCAACGAGGAGAGGUGCGGAUGGAGGAGGAAGAAAAAGCGGAUUGUCAGAGAACGACUAACCCUGCGAGCAGGAAGCAACUCCAUCGGAUGCUCGAGCGCUAUUACGAGCACAGCAGCAUCUCCCAUGGACGAGACGUCUCCUCCUCUCGGGACGAGGUUGGGAGAGAACGUGUGCGCCUGCCGCGCUGACCAGAUCCUUCAGGCCCAGAGCGUCACACGGUUGUACUCCUCCCCGAGGGAGUCGUCCAAAGAUUUGCCGAGGGACUCGAGGGCCUCUUCUCGAGAGAUCUCGAGAGAUAUCCCCAAGGAUACAUCUAGAGACAUACAAAGGGAUGGCUCCAGGAGGGAUUCCUACAGAGAGAUGCCGAGGGAGUUCCCUAGGGAGUCAACCAGAGACAGUCAGAGAGAUAUCCCGAGGGAUACGUCUAGAGAUAUCCUGAGGGAUACGUCUAGAGAUAUCCCGAGGGAUACGGCUAGAGACAUUGCAAGAGAUCGGCCAAGGGAGUCAACGAGGGAUAUGCGCGACGAGCGAAAAGAAGAUCGUCGUUCGACUUAUGACGAUGGGAGAUCCCGCAAACGCGAGAGCUCUAGUCAUGGUGGAUACCGGAGGCAGGAUCGCGGACGAGAGGAUAGGGGCGAGUGGAGCGUUUUGCACUGA